CAGAUUUCUUAUGCAUACAAUUUUAUUACCGGUAUCUCUAAAACCCUAAAAAUCCUUAAAUCCCCCCUUUCACCAGGGUUUAAGCACGCACUUCACUAUCAUUCAAUCCAUGGCAAUUUCAAGACUAAGCUUUGCUUGUAGACACGGCUUCCAUUAUAGUCCAUCUUUUUUUCACUGCUUUCAAAAAGUUAGAUUCAGCUCAUUUGCAGCAAUUGAAACCCUUUUUGAUCAAGAUAAUGUUAUUAAAGACAAAAAUCAAAAUUUGGGGGAUCCUAAGGCGCUGGAGUGGAAGAAAUGGAAUUCCAAGGAACUUGGAAUCAGUAAUUCAACGAUUUCAAGGCCUACAAAGAAGGUUCUUGAUGGACUUAAGAAAAAUGGAUAUGAGGUUUAUCUGGUGGGAGGCUGUGUCCGGGACCUUAUUUUAAAGAGAACACCGAAGGAUUUUGAUAUAAUCACAUCAGCUGAGCUUAAAGAGGUAGUAAGGACAUUUCCGCAGUGUAUAAUAGUUGGCAAGCGGUUUCCCAUAUGUCACGUGCACGUUGGGGAUACUAUUGUUGAGGUUUCGAGUUUUAGCACCACGGGACCGAAGUUCAGGUUGGAUUUGAGCAAUGGCAUCAGUCCUCCCAUUGAUUGCGAUGAGAAGGAUUAUGUUCGUUGGAAGAAUUGUUUGCGGCGAGACUUAACAAUAAAUGGGUUGAUGUUUGAUCCAUAUAAAAGAAUAGUGUAUGACUAUGUGGGAGGUCUGGAAGAUAUUAAAAAGGCUAAAGUGCGGACUGUGGUCCCAGCUAGUACUUCCUUUCAAGAGGACUGUGCUCGCAUUCUGCGUGCAGUAAGAAUUGCUGCUCGUUUAGGAUUCCGUUUUACAAGGGAAACAGCUCACUUUAUCAAAAACCUUUCUCGCUCGUUAUUAAGACUUGACAAUCAAAGGAUCAUGAUGGAGAUGAACUACAUGCUAGCAUAUGGUUCUGCUGAAGCUUCUUUGAGGAUAUUAUGGAAAUUUGGACUUCUUGAACUUCUUCUGCCCUUCCAGGCAGCAUACUUUGUUCGUGAUGGAUUUAAGAGACAGGACAAGAGAUCUAACAUGCUUUUGUGUCUGUUUUCUAACUUGGAUAAACAUCUUGCACCUGAUAGGCCAUGCCACAACAGCUUAUGGGUUGGAAUCUUAGCGUUUCAUAAAGCAUUAUCUGACCAACCAAGGGAUCCUAUGGUGGUUGCAGCAUUUUGUCUUGCUGUCCACAAUGGUGGAGAUAUUUUAGGAGGGGUAAAAAUGGUGAAGAAGUUCACCAAGCCCCAUGAUGUUAGCUUCCAUGAGUUAUCCGAACCUCAGAAUCUUAACUCUGAAGCACUGGUUGAUGAGGUUGUGGAUUUCGCAGCGUCUGUUAAACAAGUUCUAUAUUGGAUGACCGAUGAGUAUUGUGUUUCACAGGCAAUGGCAGAGUACCCUCAAGCACCAUGUUCAGAUUUGGGGUCUCGACUAUGGACUUGAACCAAAUGCUCUUUAUGCUGGCUACUUGUCCAUUUUUCUUCUUGGCAGCAGGUGGUUUCAAAAUGUUCAGUCAACUUUUAUGAGGGGAUAAAAUUGGCCAUUGCUUUCUUGCAAUGGUUAAAUUUUUCUUGGGCUAGCAACCAGGAAAAUGGAGGUUCAAGUCUUGAGAACAACCACAUCUGAAAAUACUAAAUGAACAAUCGUGAAAUCAUCUCUCCUAGUCCAUACUCCCAUACUUCAUCAGGUCCAUAACUAGAUAGUGUCAUUUUAGAGGAAAUUAUCUCUGCAAAAGUCUGCAUUCCAUUUUAUUAAAUAUAAUUCCAUUCUGAAAUGCCAGAUCCAGCUAUUUUUUCAGCCUACAACAGAUUUAAUGGACAUUUAUUAAAGGAGUGCUUCAAAUAAUAUUGGUAGUGGGAAAUAUCUCUGGUAUCAGCUAUUUUCACCAGAAGUGGAAGUAUUGAUGACAGAAACAGGACUUGUCCACUUUUUAUACAACGUAGGAUCAGUGCCUUCAGAUCCAUGCAAUCUAUUAGCUGAUUAGCAGUCGAUGUGAUUUCUAAACGUAGGUUUGAGAAUGAAGAUGACAGUUGUGUGGAGAGUAUCAUGCUUUUCAGUGUUUCAUUUUUUUGCUGCUUCAAUGUUUUCUGCAUUCAUAGUAUAUACUUAGUCAUGUGGGACAUGCCUGGUAUAAUCUCCAAUGUGCAGGUAUUCUUUCCAUUGGCAGUGUAUUUAAAAGUGUGCAGGAUUUUUGAGUGUUCAAGAGAGGGCUCACAGAAAGUAUUUAUGCCAAAGCAAGGUAGAAAGAUUAAUUAUGAGAUGUUGGCUUUGGGAAGCCUGCAAGAAGUUCGGCAUACUUUUGCGAGGGUUGUCUUUGAUACUGUGUUCCCGCUCAAUUUAACCUAAACCUGGACCUCAAAAUCCUAAACUAAGACACGAAAGUUGAACUGCAAAGGCCUGCAAUAUGAAAUGAAGAUAUCAUGGGAAAGCCUCAAUUAUUCGACCUGCUUCCUAAUUUGGAUGAGUCUUAUUCUACAUGUAAUUUUUUCCUUGAUUUGUUUACUCAUGUACAUAAAGUACACUCAAUUACAGGAAAGGAUUGAUUUCCAUGUUCUUUGUACAUAAGCUCUCGCUCUCAUGAAUUGGCGAAGCCGAGAUUUUUUUUAUAUUGGAACUGAAGUGCCUGCCUCACACCAAGCUUACAAAUUGGCUCAAGUUUGGUAUCAAAGGUCAAGGCUUCUUUCUUGCCGGUUUGGUGUAGUGCUUUGUUGUAGAAUUCAGUAUUUGGCAUAUUGUUUCUUGUAAA